AAAAAAAAAUAUAUUCAGUUCUUUCUUCUGCUUUUUCAUAACAAUGACUUUAAACCAUAGCUCACCCAUGUCUAUUACACAACUCAUUAAUAAUGAAAAGGAAGAAAUUAUCACACCUAAUGAUAUACAAGACCCCGAUGUAAAGAUAGCUGCCGAGGUACUAGGCGAUAUGGCCAGAUUAUCCAGUGUGAACGUCAACAAACCUAUGAUAACGUUACCUCCUCUUUCCACACCAUCUACCACACCCAGUUCACCACUGCCUACACCAACCUCUUCUUCGUUUGCACAUGACAGACUCUCUUUCUCCAGCGAAUCUACCAUGGAUGAAGAUCAGAUAAUGCACCACCAGCAAAGAUCAUCUCAUUUUAUACACCGAGUAUCCAACAUACCUCUUGUAAAUUCUGCUUUACGAGCUUACGAAAGUUCCAAGAAUUCAAAUUCGGUGGUUAAAUAUGGUGCUGAAAUGGUAGAAUCCAUUGCAGCUCCUAUCUAUGGCAAAUUUGGAAAGCAUGCGUUAUCUGGCGUUGAUGAAUGGGGUUGCAAACAACUUGACAGGCUGGAAGAAAGAUACCCUGAUUAUGUUGCUCCCAAAGAUGAAGAUGAUGAUGAUGAUGAUGCUUCCUCCACCACACUGCGUCUCUCCCGUGUGUUACUUGAUGACCAUGAAAACAUGCUUUAUAAAAGAAAAGAUUCUCGUGAUGAAACUUCAUUGUUAAAAAACCGAUCUAGAAACUGCUCUCGAUCCACAUCGCCUCAUAGACCUUAUGCAAUUACAAAGCCAAUUCCUACUCGACACCAUCGACAACAAACGAUGGGACGUAGCAAAUGGCAUCAGAUAGUGAUGCAUGCUUCAUCAGCAGCAGGCACAACAGCAGCAGUGAUUAGUGAAGAAAGCAUGAAGUGUUUGAGAUAUUGUCUUUCUUGGUUACAGUACGCUUCGCAGCAUAUCGAUCAGCAGAUGAAUUUGCUCCGUAAAUUUUUAGUGUCUUUAGCAUCCAAUCAUCAUGAAUCAGAAGAAGGAGCAACAACAAUGACAACACAUGACGAUGCUUCCACAUUAGCACAAAUUAAAAAAGAAAUUGUAGAUACCCUUCGUAAAGUCGUAGAAGUGAUAAGCAAAUAUGCUGGUUCAGGUUUACCUGAACAAGCAAAAGCGGCUGUCAGGGGCUUUAUCUUGGCUUUACCUACUCGAUGGGCCAUGUUAAAUUCACCAGCUGCUGCUGCUGCUGCUUCUCCCUCAGUCGCACCAGCAGAUUCUCAUAUCCAUGAUACGUCAAUCAAACUAUUAAAUUUUGGCGGUGAAUCUAUUGAAAUGAUUCAAUCAGUUGCCCUGGUCUUUUCUGAUACAAUUGAACGUGCGGAACUGUGGCUGAAUCGUCUUCGUGUCGUUGGUGUUACUCGAACCGUAAAGAAACCUGAACAAAUGGAUUUAAACUAAACAACAAAACAAAAAUUAUACCAUCACAUAUCUUCUUUUUUGCAUUUUUUCCCUCUCUUUAUCUGUACUCUAUAAAUAUAUAUACAUUUUUUUUUAUAUUUCGUAAUAGUAUUUGUGUUUAACAGUAAUCCCUUCCAUACAUGUUGGGGAUAAACAA